AAGCAGAUCUGUGGAUUUGACAUUAGGUGAUGCACUUGUAACGGCAUGGCAUGACUGAGAACUUCACUAUUCACAGUUGCAAUGAACUUGGUGUCGCUUUGUGACAGCUGAGCAGAGGGCGAAUAAAAAUAGAUAGCCUACAAAGAAUUUAUCAUUUUAAUUUUACAAUCGUGAUGAAGUUAACAACUUUAAGUUUGCGGUUUCCCUGGAUGAUAAUCAGCGUUUGUGUCUCUUGUGUUUUAAAGGAGAUAUGAUACUCAGAAGUCUCAACUUGCUGCCGAUUUUAUUAAUUUGCUCCUCAGCGCUACCUCAAGAUGGCGAGGUCACAUCGGAUGACGACACAACGUUUGACCUGUUUGAUAUUAGCGGUAUCACACGCAAGACUCUGGGCGCCAAGCAAUUCCGCGGCCAAGACACGGACAACCCUGCUUACCGCUUCAUCCGCUUCGACCAUUUGCCCUCAGUGAGCGCGCCCGUGCUCAAACAGAUGCUUCAGCAAAUCCAGAACAAUGAGGGCUUUGUGUUCGUGGCCAGCAUGCGCCAGGACCGCGGAUCGCGGGGAACCCUCAUCGCCAUGGAAGGCGCCAACGGCCAGCGGCAGUUUGAAAUAGUCUCCAACGGCCGCGCCAACACGCUGGACCUUGUCUACUGGGUGGACGGCUCCCAAAAUGUUGUCUCCUUCGAGGAUGUUGACCUGUCCGACUCGCAGUGGAAGAAUAUCACACUUCAUGUUCAUGGUGAAAACGCAAAUCUGUUUUUGGGCUGCAGUCUCAUCGACAGCUUCAUCUUGGAUGAGCCGUUCUACGAGUACCUGCAGGCGGAGGGGAGCCGAAUGUUCGUCGCUAAGGGAUCCAUCCGUGAAAACCACUUCAGGGGGUUACUGCAGAACGUUCGCUUCAUGUUCGACACAUCCGUGGAGGACGUUCUUAGGAACAAGGGCUGUGAAGUCACUAAGCCAGACGAGGCCAACACGGUGGUGAGUGAGAGCACAGCCAUGGUGGAUGUGAGUUCCUCCACCGCCAUCACCACUAACUUCAUUGGCCAGAAAACAGAGAAUCUAGGAGCAGAUAUGUGUGAACGAUCCUGUGAGGAACUCAGCAUCAUGUUUCAGGAGCUCAAAGGACUGCGGGUUGUAGUGGGGAACCUCAUUGACGGCCUACAGAAAGUGACCGAGGAGAACACAGUGAUGAAGGACACUCUGGGAAAGAUAAAGAACUCCAAGGAGAAACACAUGUGCUGGCAGGAUGGACGGAUGUUUGAAGAUAAGGAGGACUGGGUGGUGGACAGCUGCACCACGUGUACCUGCCAGGACUCAAAGAUUGUGUGUCACCAAAUCACCUGUCCUCCUGUGGCCUGUGUUGGCCCCUCCUUCAUCGACGGAGAGUGUUGCCCUGUGUGUCUGCCCAAGGACAGUGAGGACGGCUGGUCCCCCUGGUCAGAGUGGACAGAGUGUACUGUCACCUGUGGGACAGGUACUCAACAGAGAGGACGCUCAUGUGAUGCCACCAGUAACCCCUGCUCUGGACCAUCCAUCCAGACCAGGAAAUGCAGCCUGGGAAAAUGUGACAGCCGAGUUCGUCAGGAUGGUAGGUGGAGCCUGUGGUCUCCAUGGUCAUCAUGUUCGGUGACGUGUGGCGAGGGUCAGAUCACCAGGAUACGCCACUGCAAUGCCCCCACACCACAACUGGGGGGCAAAGACUGUGAGGGCCAGGGGAGAGAGACACAGCGCUGUGAGGCCAAGCCCUGUCCCAUUGACGGUGGUUGGGGACCGUGGUCGCCAUGGGCGAUCUGCUCGGCAACCUGUGGGGGUGGAGUUAAGGGUCGGACCCGUGUCUGUAACAGCCCCGAACCCCAGUACAAAGGCAAGAAGUGCCCCGGGGAGACCAAUGACAGUAACGCCUGCAACAAAAAGGACUGCCCUAUCGACGGCUGUCUGUCUAACCCAUGCUUUGGGGGAGUGCACUGUAACAGCGGCUCUGACGGAUCCUGGGAGUGUGGACCCUGCCCCCUUGGUUUCCGUGGCAACGGCACCCACUGUGAAGAUGUCAACGAGUGUGACAUUGUGUCAGAUGUCUGCUUUAAAGCUGGUGGAGCAUUGCGUUGCGUCAACACAGACCCAGGGUUCCACUGUCUGGCCUGCCCACCCCGCUACAAGGGAACACAGCCUUUCGGUGUGGGGGUGGAGGCUGCCAGCAAGAACAAACAGGUUUGCGAGCCAGAGAACCCCUGCAAAGACAAGACCCACAACUGUCACCGUUCAGCUGAGUGUAUCUACCUUAGCCACUUCAGUGACCCCAUGUAUAAGUGUGAUUGUAGGAUAGGCUAUGCCGGGGAUGGCUUCAUCUGUGGAGAGGACUCUGACCUAGACGGAUGGCCCAAUCAGAACCUGGUGUGUGACGCCAACGCCACCUAUCACUGCAGGAAGGAUAACUGCCCCAACCUGCCUAACUCUGGACAAGAGGACUUUGACAAAGACGGCCAGGGAGAUGCUUGCGACAAGGAUGAUGACAAUGAUGCAAUCGUGGAUGAGAGAGACAACUGUCCUCUCCUGUAUAACCCCAGACAGUUUGACUUUGAUAAAGAUGAUGUGGGUGACCGUUGUGAUAACUGCCCCUACGAACACAACCCUGCCCAGAUUGACACUGACCACAACGGCGAAGGAGAUGCCUGUGCUGUCGACAUUGAUGGAGAUGAAAUCCCAAAUGAGCAAGACAACUGUCCGUACGUGUACAACAAUGACCAAAAGGACACUGACAUGGAUCGAGUGGGUGACCAGUGUGACAACUGUCCUCUAUUACACAACCCUGACCAGGCUGACACAGACAAUGACCUUGUAGGAGACCAGUGUGACAACAACCAGGACAUUGAUGAAGACGGUCACCAGAACAACCUGGACAACUGUCCUUAUGUGGCCAACUCAAACCAGGCAGACCACGAUAAGGACGGUAAAGGGGACGCCUGUGACUUCGACGAUGACAAUGACGGCAUCCCUGACGAUAGAGACAACUGUAGAUUGACGCCCAACAAAGAUCAACUGGACUCUGAUGGCGACGGUAGAGGAGACGCCUGCAAAGACGACUUUGACAACGACAACAUCCCGGACUUCCUUGACGUGUGUCCUGAGAACAACGCCGUCAGCGUCACAAACUUCCGGAAGUUUCAGAUGGUGCACCUGGACCCCAAGGGAACCACGCAGAUCGACCCCAACUGGGUGGUUAGGCAUCAGGGCAAGGAGCUGGUGCAGACCGUCAAUUCUGACCCAGGCAUCGCUGUUGGCUUUGAUGAGUUCAACGCGGUGGACUUCAGUGGUACGUUCUAUGUGAAUACGGACCGGGAUGACGACUACGCUGGUUUCGUGUUCGGCUACCAGUCGAGCGGCCGCUUCUACGUGGUGAUGUGGAAGCAGGUCACUCAGACCUACUGGGAAGACAAACCCUCCAAGGCCUUCGGUAUCUCUGGUGUCUCCCUGAAGGUGGUCAAUUCAACCACAGGCACAGGGGAAAACCUGAGAAAUGCCCUGUGGCACACAGGAAACACUAAAGAUCAGGUUCGCACUCUUUGGCAUGAUCCCAAAAACAUUGGCUGGAAGGAUUACACAGCCUACAGGUGGCACCUCAUCCACAGACCCAAGACUGGUUUCAUCAGGGUUGUGGUUUAUGAAGGGAAACAGAUCUUGGCAGACUCAGGACCAGUGUACGACAAGACGUUUGCUGGAGGACGGUUAGGCCUGUUUGUGUUCUCCCAGGAACUGGUCUUCUUCUCCGAUCUCAAAUACGAGUGCAGAGAUGAGCUGGAGUUUCCAACUGUGUUGUCCAUCAGAUAACUGAACAGCGUUGGAUGUGAAAACUUCAAAUGGCUGAAGACACUAAACCUCAUAACCUGUUCAUCAGCCUAUUGCUGAGUCGCUUGUCGUUUCAACCAAAGAAAUGUAGCUUCAACUUCGCCCCUCCAAAGUCUUUUUGCCUCUAACUUUCCAUUGAAGGGGCAGCCAUGGCCCUUUGCAGGUUUUCUGAGUGCCUUAUGUGAAAAGACAUUUCGUUGAGAAGUGAAAACAGAUGACAAGUGGACAAAUGAAAAAGGCCUCUUGGCGAUGGAAAAAAACAAAGUAACUGAUGUUGACAACAUAUUAUAGGGAUUCUCUGAACAACCACUUUUGUGCUUUUCUAACUUUCUACAGCUUUACAUUAACAAAAGUAAAUAUAAAAUGAUUGUUACUCGAUAAAUAUUGAUAUUCUUGCUGGAAUAGAGAGCAACUUGGUACAGUAAAGGUGUCUAGGUCGCCCAGCAACUAAAGGUCUCUGUAUUGAGCUCAGCAGUUUCAGCCAUGCAGUGAAAAAUACGAUCAAAUGUAAUAUUAACUGCCAAACUCUUAUUUGAUACCAAAGCACACUGAUGUAUGUUGCUGACUUAAUGAAACAAAGUUAUAUUUUGUAUUGUUUCUUAUGCCAUUCCUGAACUGGUCUUCAGUUACCCAUUUAAAAUGUUUGUCAAACUCUAAGAAGGUUGACCUUGAGACCGUUUUAUAGCAUUUUAAAGUACUUUGGGAUGUUUAUACUAAGUUUGUACUAUAAUUUCUUCUGUAAAUUAUUAUUGUGAGUUUAUGUCUUGUUUGUUAGAGAUGGUAAAUCAUUUAUUUAUUUGUUUACACUGACGAAAUUUCACAAUUGAAGUACAACUGAAAAAUCUUUGGUUAUCAACAUCAAAAUGUCUCAAACAUCAAGAUAGAAUAGACUAUCACAAACAUUGUGCACCAUGCAGUGUUAUGUCAUGUAUUACUUGAUUCAUAUGUUCACUAAUUCCCCAAGAGAGGCCCUAUCGUCACUCAAAACAAUGCAGUGGUUUCAAGUGGAGCAGUUGUAGUAGUUUGGGUUUGUUGUAGCGCUCUAUUCCAAUACCCCUCUAGCAUCCCACUUCGAUAGAAUCAAGCAAUAUAUUGUGCAUGCAUUCUAGUAGUAUGCUAGUAUGGACAUUGGAACAUAGACUUAAGUGUUGAUGUAAGAGUGCUACAUUGAUGUAAGGGUAAAUGUCAUGUUUGGGGUUAGUUGUAGUACAGUGCCUUGCGAAAGUAUUCGGCCCCCUUGAACUUUGCGACCUUUUGCCACAUUUCAGGCUUCAAACUGUAUUUUUUUGUGAAGAAUCAACAACAAGUGGGACACAAUCAUGAAGUGGAACGACAUUUAUUGGAUAUUUCAAACUUCUUUAACAAUUCAAAAACUGAAAAAUUGGGCGUGCAAAAUUAUUCAGCCCCUUUACUUUCAGUGCAGCAAACUCUCUCCAGAAGUUCAGUGAGGAUCUCUGAAUGAUCCAAAUGACUAAUGAUGAUAAAUACAAUCCACCUGUGUGUAAUCAAGUCUCCGUAUAAAUGCACCUGCACUGUGAUAGUCUCAGAGGUCCGUUAAAAGCGCAGAGAGCAUCAUGAAGAACAAGGAACACACCAGGCAGGUCCGAGAUACUGUUGUGAAGAAGUUUAAAGCCGGAUUUGGAUACAAAAAGAUUUCCCAAGCUUUAAACAUCCCAAGGAGCACUGUGCAAGCGAUAAUAUUGAAAUGGAAGGAGUAUCAGACCACUGCAAAUCUACCAAGACCUGGCCGUCCCUCUAAACUUUCAGCUCAUACAAGGAGAAGACUGAUCAGAGAUGCAGCCAAGAGGCCCAUGAUCACUCUGGAUGAACUGCAGAGAUCUACAGCUGAGGUGGGAGACUCUGUCCAUAGGACAAAUAUCAGUUGUAUAUUGCACAAAUCUGGCCUUUAUGGAAGAGUGGCAAGAAGAAAGCCAUUUCUUAAAGAUAUCCAUAAAAAGUGUCGUUUAAAGUUUGCCACAAGCCACCUGGGAGACACACCAAACAUGUGGAAGAAGGUGCUCUGGUCAGAUGAAACCAAAAUUGAACUUUUUGGCAACAAUGCAAAACGUUAUGUUUGGCGUAAAAGCAACACAGCUCAUCACCCUGAACACACCAUCCCCACUGUCAAACAUGGUGGUGGCAGCAUCAUGGUUUGGGCCUGCUUUUCUUCAGCAGGGACAGGGAAGAUGGUUAAAAUUGAUGGGAAGAUGGAUGGAGCCAAAUACCGGACCAUUCUGGAAGAAAACCUGAUGCAGUCUGCAAAAGACCUGAGACUGGGACGGAGAUUUGUCUUCCAACAAGACAAUGAUCCAAAACAUAAAGCAAAAUCUACAAUGGAAUGGUUCAAAAAUAAACAUAUCCAGGUGUUAGAAUGGCCAAGUCAAAGUCCAGACCUGAAUCCAAUCGAGAAUCUGUGGAAAGAACUGAAAACUGCUGUUCACAAAUGCUCUCCAUCCAACCUCACUGAGCUCGAGCUGUUUUGCAAGGAGGAAUGGGACAAAAAUUUCAGUCUCUCGAUGUGCAAAACUGAUAGAGACAUACCCCAAGCGACUUACAGCUGUAAUCGCAGCAAAAGGGUGGCGCUACAAAGUAUUAACUUAAGGGGGCUGAAUUAUUUUGCACGCCCAAUUUUUCAGUUUUUGAUUUGUUAAAAAAGUUUGAAAUAUCCAAUAAAUGUCGUUCCACUUCAUGAUUGUGUCCCACUUGUUGUUGAUUCUUCACAAAAAAAUACAGUUUUAUAUCUUUAUGUUUGAAGCCUGAAAUGUGGCAAAAGGUCGCAAAGUUCAAGGGGGCCGAAUACUUUCGCAAGGCACUGUAUGUUGAGAGAACAACAAUGAUUAUUAUUAUUAUCACAGCAUCCUUGACCACGACAGCUGACGGUCUGAGUUUUGAGUGUGUUUGCCUGGUGUGACAGGGGGACAUUUCAGAUGGGACGCAAUGAAAACACUUGACUUUAUGUCAAUGUAAAUGUGUCGUUCACGUGUUAACGUAGAAACAGGUGGUCAUGAGAAGAGAACUUUCUGUUUUGAAUGAGUGAAACAUUUAACCAGAUGAAUCUAUUCAAACAUUUAACCAUUCUAGAAUCUAUUCAAAAAUCACGUAAAAAUGUUGUUUCUUGUAACUUUUGGUUGAAUUUUAUGUAUCAAGGAUAUUUGCAAUGUAUAGCUUUUAAGUUGUCAUCAGUCUGCAUAGCAUGAAUUGUUGUCAAAUGUAGUUUUCUUUGUUAAUAACUAGCUUUGUUAUAUUUUGUGAGGGAUAUUGCAAUGCACAAAUGUAAAAAAUAAAAAUAAAAAAGCUAUUUGUUUGUUGUUAAAUGUACCAUUAUUAGUUGUGAUAGUUGUGGAUCUUAUUUCCUAAAUAAAUUGUUUGUACACCA